CUCAAAGAAGCGAUGUCCGUUUGGGGCUUGGUGGAAGAAAGACUUGUGUGCAUCACAACGGACAACUCAGCUAAUAUGAUUAGGGCAGCAUCUGUGAAUAACUGGCCGAGGCUACACUGCUUUGGUCACAGACUUCAUUUAGCCAUCGAGAAUGCCAUGAAGGAUCCAAGAAUUGACCGGGCUGUGGGGCUCUGUAAAAAGUUGGUGAGCUCCUUCUCUUACAGCUGGAAGCGUAAGAGAGAGUUUUUAGCUGCACAAAAUGAGAUGAAACUCCCAGAGCACUCACUGAAAACAGAGUGUCCAACAAGAUGGGGAUCACGUCAGGCCAUGAAAGAGAGAAUCAUCGAGCAGCAAAAGGCCAUUGCACAUGUCCUGUCCUCUGACAAGAAGUCGCGUCAUCUUAUCCCAACAUGGCAGGACAUGGAUAUACUAGAGGCAAUCGACAAAUCCUUGCACCCUCUAGUUAAUUUUACAGAUGCACUGUCUGGCGAGAAGUACGUCAGCGUGUCAUUUGUUAAGCCAGUUCUUCAUCUUUUCAACGCAUCAAUCUUGAAAGUUAAGGAUGAUGAUACUGACCUGUCAAGAGCAAUCAAGUCUAAAAUUUUGGAGUACCUAAACGAAAAAUACAGUGACCCAGACAUCCAAGCUCUAUUGGACAUGGCAUCUACGGUGGAUCCACGAUUUAAGAUGAGAUAGACGGCUGAGGACAACAAAACAACAAUUCAAUCCAGACUCAAAGCUGAGAUGCAGACUUUGGCAAUGAUGGUAAUAAAAAUGAGCUGCACUGAGAUCUAUAUUAGUGUUUUGUGUCUCAAUUAGUUAAAUUUGUUCUAAAUGCCUUUUUCUGUGUUUAGGUGUCACCCCAAGAAACAGCACAAGAGACCAGCCAGAAGGAUGCUGAAGCUGGAUGUGCCCCAAAGAAAAAGAUGACUUUAGGAAGCUACUUUAAAACUGCUGAACAAGCCUUGCCACCUAACAAUCAGCAAUCCAGUGUAGCCUGUGAGCUGGAAUCUUACUUGCAGUCAAACUACCUGGAUAGUGAGGGGGACCCAUUAAAAUGGUGGAGAGAACAUGAAAAGAUCUACCCAAGGCUUUCAAAAGUGGCAAAGAAAUACUUGUGCAUACCAGCCACAAGCUCUCCUUCAGAGAGGGCUUUUAGUUACGCUGGAAAUGUAGUUACUUGCUUGUGGUCUUCCCUAAAGCCCGAUCAAGUUGACAGGCUUGUGUUAUUAGCCAAAAAUCUGUAACAUGUUGUAAUUUUUUUUUAUUCUUAUUUGAUUUUAUUACGAGUUGAUGUAAAAGAGGCAGUUUAAUUUUAUUUAUUUACCACAGCUAAGAAAAACUCUCCAUUCUAAACAUUUUUGGUUUCUUUAUUUUUUUUUUAUUUGUGGCUGUAAAGUGCAAUAAGAAUACACAAGUGAAUAAAAGUUCAUUACCAAAGGAAUAAUCGUCAUCAUUAAUCGUGAUAAAAAUUUUGAGCAAAAUAAUUGUGAUAAUAUUUUUUUCUGUUAUCGUGCAGCCCUAAUACAAAGCAUUUAAAGUUCUACUUUAGUUACUGUGGGAACUGAGAAACUAGUAAAUCAAAAGAUUGUAAGAUGAAAUUUAUGACAUUUUACUUUAAUGACAAAAUAAACCAU